AUGUUCAGGUCUAUCCUGGUUGGUCUAUUUCUCGGUUUCCCUGCUCUGGGUGCUCCAUAUCACCACCAACCAGGAAGCAGCUGUGAUAUCUCUGAAGCCAAACUCGUCCUGCCUCCAGGGGUGAAGCUUCCGCCACCAAGCGAACCUCCUACUCACCUCACUGUCGGUGUGGGGACGCAGAACUAUACCUGCUCGGAAGAGGGCACUUAUACAAACGUCGGCGCCGUGGCAUCCAUUUUCGACAUCUCCUGUCUUUACGGCACAUCUCUCUUCGACAGCAUCCAGGACAUCCUUCUGGCCGCUUGGGACAAGUCAAACUCGACUUCUGCCCGUGACAUUCCACACGGACUCACUCUUUUGGGCGAGCAUUUAUUUAUCAUCAAUCCCAUAACUGGGACCGGGAUCAGUCCAAAGUGGGAUUUUACUGCUUCGACCGGUAAUCCAGAGGCGUUCGUGGUGGCUAAGGUGACAGCAAUGAGCCCUGCGCCUACUGGGAGCCAGGAUGUCGACUGGUUGUCCCUGGAUAGGAUCUUGGGAAAACUUGCGGAUGAGGUGUACCGGACCGAUACGAGAGCCGGGCAGCCACCUGCUUCAUGUACCCCAGGAUCAGAACCUAUCACGGUGAAGUACUCCGCGAAGUACUAUAUAAUCCCUAGCAUUCUUUGGUGGAUACUUGUAGGGCGCCUAUAG